AUUCUCUCUCUGUUUUUGUUAAUUCUGUUUCUGACUACGGCUUUAGGAGCAAAGGAGGGGUGGAUAGAUAGAUAGAUAGAGACAGUUACCGGUACCGGAUAUGGCGACGGACGUCAGCGUGCUGCCACAUGCCUCCGUCGAGAACGGAGCUGCUUGCUGCAAGAAGGGACCUGGUUACGCCACUCCCCUGGAGGCCAUGUCAGGUCCCAGAGAAGCUCUUAUCUAUGUCACUUGUGUCUAUUCUGGGACUGGAAGAGAGAAACCAGAUUACCUAGCUACAGUGGAUGUGGAUCCAAGCUCACUUACUUAUUCCAAAGUUAUUCACAGGCUGCCUGUGCCAUAUUUAGGUGAUGAAUUGCACCAUUCAGGGUGGAAUGCAUGCAGCUCUUGCCAUGGAGAUCCUUCUGCAAACCGGCGUUUCCUAGUUCUGCCUUCGCUGAUUUCUGGGCGUAUCUAUGUUAUUGAUACUCUAAAAAAUCCGAAGGCUCCGUCUUUGCAUAAAGUUGUUGAGCCUGCAGAUAUUGUACAGAAAACAGGCCUAGCAUAUCCACACACAUCACAUUGCCUUGCUUCUGGUGAUAUAUUGGUUUCAUGCCUUGGUGAUAAGGAUGGAAAUGCUGAGGGAAAUGGAUUUCUUCUGCUUGAUUCUGAAUUCAAAGUGAAAGGAAGAUGGGAGAAACCAGGGCACAGUCCCUUGUUUGGCUAUGAUUUCUGGUAUCAACCUCGACACAAAACAAUGAUCAGCUCAUCAUGGGGAGCCCCUGCUGCCUUCACCAAGGGUUUCAAUCCUCAGCAUGUCUCAGAUGGUCUGUAUGGAAGGCAUCUCUUUGUGUACAGCUGGCCUGAUGGUGAACUGAAACAAACAUUAGAUCUUGGUAAUACAGGACUCAUUCCACUGGAGAUAAGGUUCCUCCAUGAUCCUUCUAAGGACACAGGGUUUGUUGGGUGCGCCUUAACAAGUAACAUGGUGCGGUUUUUCAAAACCGCAGAUGGAUCAUGGAGCCAUGAGGUGGCAGUAUCUGUGAAUCCACAGAAAGUGCAAAACUGGAUUCUUCCAGAGAUGCCAGGGCUUAUUACUGACUUUCUAAUUUCUCUUGACGAUCGUUUUCUCUACUUUGUGAACUGGCUCCAUGGAGAUGUACGACAAUAUAACAUUGAGGACCCUAAAAAUCCUGUCUUGAAAGGCCAGGUAUGGGUUGGGGGAUUGAUUCAAAAAGGAAGCCCCGUAUUUGCAGUGGCAGAAGAUGGCAGUUCAUUUCAGCAUGAGGUUCCUGAGAUCCAGGGGCAUCGUCUUAGAGGGGGACCUCAGAUGAUCCAGUUAAGCUUAGAUGGGAAACGGCUAUACGUCACCAACUCUCUCUUCAGUGUAUGGGAUAACCAGUUCUACCCUGAACUUGCCGAGAAGGGAUCACACAUGUUACAAAUCGAUGUUGACACAGAGAAAGGUGGUCUUGUGAUAAACCCAAAUUUCUUUGUGGACUUUGGAGCUGAACCAGAUGGUCCUUCCUUUGCCCACGAGAUGAGAUACCCUGGUGGUGACUGCACUUCAGAUAUAUGGGUUUGAGCAUUUUUGUGGUGAAUUGUCACUUGUAUUGUAAUCCAGUACUUUGUAACAAUCCAUCCCAUUCGUAUAUUGCGGUAGGAUUAUCUUGGAUGGCAUGGCUAGUUAAUAGAGAGUUGGAGUUGCAUAAUCACACAAUUAAGAUAGUAUUUUGUUUUGUGUUUUGGGUAUUACAGCUUUUGAACCUCUUGAAAAAUAGAGCGGUAAUACUAAAACUUGCUGAGACACCCCCUAUUGACACUCUGUUAGCCUAAAGCAUGUAGAGAAAAAUAUUGAUAGCUAGCUGUAAGUGAUAGGUAAAUUUCUAUCUCUAUUAUGCAGCUUCACAACAAAUGAAGAGAAGAUGACAAG